AGGGAUUUAUCAAUGGCAAGGACUAAAACAACAAAGAGGAAACAGCGACCGACUCCACGACAGCCAUCACCACCGCCACGGCCAGAGGAAAAUGAGGAAGAAGAAAAUGCUGAAGUCGAAGUAGAAGAACCUGCAGAAGAAGAAGCUGAAGCUGAAGCUGAAGGAGCUGCACAAGGAGCAGGUCGAGGUAAAAGCAAGGCGAGG